GCGAGAGAGACGUACAGUACAGCGGUACAAGCAUCGAGCGGUACAAACGGAAAGUGAGCACGUUUGGUCUGUGUGUGUAACAAUUGCUCCUCGAACAAAUGCAUUUUAGCAUUGGCUGUCGCCUCUACGGUAUCCUGGUUUGAACCCCAAUGGUAUUGGAGCAAAUGUUAUUAAACUGCUGAAUGCAUAUUUCCCGCAGACGCAGCAGCUUUGGUUUAAAUGGUUGUUGGUACGCAGUACUUUCAAGAGCACAAGAGCAGAGGCCUGUUUAUUGAAGCGUCUCAGGUUUCUCGCUGAUUCACGGGGCCCAUAGGUUGGAUAAUUUUUGUGCCAUUGAGACUUUUUGACAGUUUCUGCCCGCGGGGCACAUCUGCGGAUUAUCGCGGUCGUCCAAAACUGUCAUUGUGCCGUGUGUUGUAUAGUACGGUACAGCACCGUACUUCAAUUAUGUAUUUUUGGAGGACGAGGACGAUGCAGCAGCGUAUUAGAUCGUGAUCAGUAGCAGUGCUGAGCUCGUACGCGACGCACCAUUUGUUUCCUAUCCUCACCUGCAGCCUAUAAAGGGAAUUGUGUUGGGUCAUUUGAUCAUGCUAUCAGUCCCUCUUUAGUCCGAGAUUGUCCUGUCAUUCGGCUGUUGUGCGCUAACCAUAAGUUGUUUGUGGUUUGUCUUGUGCUGUACGGCCUGUCGACAUGUCUCAAGGAGGCACACUGCGACGCUCCAAAUCCAAGUCGGGACUCAGUCUUCGAUUGAGUUUCAGCCGGGGACAUAAGAGUCCCGUUCCUGGCGAAACCAAGGACGAUUCGGGCACCAAUGGCUUUCAGGAAUUGCGCAAGUACAUUAAGCAGAGCGCGGAAUUCGCCAAAGAAUUAACAUCCAUUCUGCAGGAAAGGUCAGAAUUGGAGACGACCUAUGCAAAAGGUCUGUCCAAGAUAUCCGCACGUCUCGCCAAAGCCUCCAAGGAUGCUGUGGGUACCCUGGCCAAUGCUUGGAUUGGUAUCGCAACGGAGAUGGAACAAGAGGCUGAAUUGCACCGGUAUGUUGCGGACUUCAUGCAGCAAGAAGUUGCUCAACCACUUCGAACGCUGAACGAAACACACACUAAAUCACGCAAACAGAUUGAAGCACAGGUGGAGCGGGCUGAUAAAGCGCUAAAAGAACGCCGUGCCGAUGAGUUCAAGGUUAAGCGCGAUAGUCACACAUUGUCCAAGGAACUCGAGAAACUGCAGGAACAAAUCUACGCUGUCAAACUGGGCAAAGUGAAGUCGUCCAGUGAAAAAGAAGUCGGCAAACUGCAGGCCAAACGGCACAAGUUGGCGGACAGUGUCCGGCUGGAGGAGAAAGAAUAUCACGAUGCGGCUGUUCGCGCCGAGCGGGCUCGACAAGACUGGGACAGUGUCAUGUUUAAAUCGGCUAACCAUCUGCAGAAUGUGGAGGAAGAGCGCCGGAAAUUCCUUCAGGAGACCGGUGUCAAAUACGUCAACGUCAUGUCCUCGAUGGCCCCGAAAUACGUACAGAUCUGCGAUAAGAUGCGGGAUAAUAUGAAUCGAGUGGAUCUCAACUUGGAUAUCCAGAGUAUUAUAUCGGAACGGGGCACUUCUCCCAAUAUCCAGGAGCAGAUUUUAUGCGACUUUUAUGCUGAGGAUAUGGUGAAUUUGAUGAAUAAGGAUAGGCGCUUGGAAUUUCUUCACAGAUAUGCUGCCAUCUUUACGGAAGAUAUUCAGAAGGAACUGAAAAGCCGUGAAGUUACGGAGAAAGUGCGUAAUGCAUGGUUUGUCCUAGGAAUGGGUCAUUUAGCUCAAGUGUACCGUGAUACACCAAACUUUGCCACAGAAGAGGGCCAAAUGGAAGUGGGAGAAAAGCUGCAGCACUCCGACACAAUGCUCCGCUUCCUGCAAGCCUGUCUGCAUAAAGUGCACGCAACAAUGGCUGAUGUGGACGGCCUGGAGAAACCGCGCCAUCCACUACAGCGUUUCAUGGAACGCGAUCGCUCAAAAGGUCUCAACGUGACCAUUCUCCGUAUUCCCGAGUGGGUAGCACGCGAUCUGAAACCCGACCAAAACGGCGACAUCCAGAACACCGCCGCACCCGGCAGUCCCAUCAAUCAGGCGCUACAGGAGCGCGGAUCACGUGCCAGUUCCGCGGGAUCGGGACACGGCUCGGUGGGACGGAAGGAAGGCUUCCGGCAGAGUGUUAUGGUGCAGAGCCACAUCUAUCCACAGAGUCCGACACACCAGAGCUUCGAUCAGGUGGAUCACGGCUCGGGGAUGCCGGAGGCACCGCCCAGCUAUUCAGAGGCCUGUAAAGGGCGCUGUCGGGCACUGUAUGACUAUCAGGCGAGGAUGCCGGACGAACUGACGUUAAAAGUUGGCGAUAUCAUCUUGAUCCAUGCCAAACAGUCUGAUGGAUGGUGGCGUGGCGAGCUGCGUGGCAAAAUGGGCGCCUUCCCUGCGUGCUAUGUGGAGGAAGUAUGAUAGAUAAUCUCAGACACAUUGUGAUGGGCGGAUCCAUGUAUAGCGCAAAGAGAUUGCUGGGAUCGCGAAUGAUCUGGUGACUGGCAGUUGGAAAGACCGGAGAGUUCUCUUUGUGGAGUGAUUGACAGAGGUUCCGUAUUGAGAGAUCGUCGGCUUCCGUUCGGCUUCGGAUAUACAUUUCACAUUCUCCCGAGUUUGCCCCUUUGGACUUCCCUUUCCCUUCAUACCCGGUUGAUUCCGGUUUCACAGUUCUGUGGUUUUAUGUACAAAAUACAAAUGCUUUUCGAUUGGUGUGAAGUUUUUACCGGUAUCUGGUCCCGGCGAACACGAGUUUACUUUUAGCAGUGGGUUUUGUACGUUAUUAAUUUGCGGUUGGCGGGCCGUCGCAACGAGAGUUGACAAUUAUUUUAUGGUUAUGGGUGAAUGGUUGACGUUAUAAAGACCUAUUUGGUUUUUAGAAAUGGUUCCGGAAAAAAAGUGAUUAAAAAUUGUUUUCUA